AGCUGGAGCCUAUCCAUCUUAUCUUCACUUUAUUUGAGUUGCAAGCGGUAGCUGAAGGGCGGCUGAUACUGAAUAAGCCGAUUCCAGAGAUAAGCUGCUACUUCCUGUGGGCUCAUGCGGGUGAACAUGCAUCUUCCUGGUUUCUGUAUCACUUCUAAAUUUAUUAGCACUCAUGUCCUCACUUGCUGCAAAGUCUACCACGACGAGUGUUUAUUACAGCACACUUAAUUCAUCUUCAGCAGGAUUAGCUGAGACUGAGUGAGUGAGUGUGUGUGUGCGCACAUGUGUGUGUAAGAGAGGUUGAGGUUAAACGUGAAAUAAGGAUGGAGGAGCUAGCGAUGUACCACGGGGCAAUCAGUAAAGAGCAAGCUGAGAGAAUUUUAGGGGCAACUGGCCGAGACGGAAGCUUCCUGAUCAGAGACAGCAAGACCAUCCCAGGUUCCUACUGCAUCUGUGUGCUGUGUGAUCAGCACGUCUUCACCUACAGGCUCUUUCAGGUUGAAGGGAAAGUGUGGAAAGCGGAGACGGCUCCCGGUGUGAAAGAGCGGCUCUUCCGGAACAUCCAGAACCUUCUGGCUGUGUACCGGGAGCCGAACCAGGGCAUCGCCACGCCGUUGCAAUUUCCUGUAAAUAACGAUCAAGCACAAUGCACGAAACCUUGUCUUCCGGCCCGGAAACACAUCCCCUGUUAAUGUGUGCACGACAGAAACUCGUGAUCUCGUGACUGUUCACGUAACGCUUCGUUCUGUUUGUGUUUUGUAUCCUGAUUUCUGUUUUUCUGGCUUAAAUGUGCUUAUUUAUGACACUCGCAGCACACGACCUUUUCUUCAAUAUGCUGUAAAUUUGCCCUCAGUAAUUUACACGAGAUAUAAAAAGUGACAGAAACACCUUUCACUUACGAUAAAUCGGAAACAUUUAAAUAUUAAACUCAAACAAAAAUUAGGAAUCUUCCCAGGAGAAUUUCUCUCUCUUUUUUUUUUGCCAGUGAAGAUCCUUUAAUUAUUUAUUACUAUUCUGUAAAGACUUUAUUUACUUCGAUUCUGGUUUGUUUUUUUCCACAAAGAGAAUGAUUUUUUUAAAAUGAGGAACAUCCACAGCAUCCAACACCCUGGGUCACGCAUCUUCAAGUCAAAACUGGAUGAAUUUAUUCAUAUCUUUGGUAGUUUUGACGUUAAGUGCCACUUUAUGCAUGAAUCAGUUUGUGUAAAUAGUCUUUAAAUAAUUCCAUGAAAGAAUAUUUUUGAUAAACUGUCUGUACAUGUCACUGA